AUGCCACGAAUGACACUCGGCCAAAAGUCUAGAAUGGGUUGCCGAGAAUGCAAGACUCGGAAAGUCAAAUGCGAUGAGCAACGACCAAUAUGUGGUGGUUGUUCCAAGUUCAACAAACGUUGUAGCUUUUUGAGAACAACGCCGUACCUGUGGAACCCACUAUUGAAUCAGACAAUAGGACGUGGUCAAGCCAACUCUUCUCGGAAGCCGAGACUGAAUGUCGGGAAAGACUUGCCCCAUGCCAAAGACAACCCCGGCUAUACCUUGGAAGACAUGCGUCUUUUGCACCAUUUCACCUCGUGUACAAGUGCGACUUUGUCAGAUGACCCAGAAGCUCACCGAACAUGGGCCACCACGGUCGUUCAGAUUGCAUUUGCGCAUUCCUUCCUUCUCCAAGGGAUUCUGGCCCUUGCUGCUCUUCAUAUGGCAAGUUCUAAUACAGAUGAAAAAGAACGUCUUCCCAUUCUUGCUGCCAGUAAACAAGAUGCUGCACUGAGAGACUUUCGACGUCAGCUGGAAAAUAUCACUCCAAAGAACUGCGAUGCUGUAUUUGCAUUCUCAUUCCUUGCCGAAUACUACAUCCCUGCCUCUGCAGGAACCGUCAUCAAUCCCGCUGCCACAUUUAUUGAUAUCUUAGGCGAGAGAUGUCUUUCACCAAGUAAGCACCAGACGGGAGACACCAAAUUUUACCCGCUGCAUGACCUUGCAGAAAAAUGGGAUACAGAUAUUGUAUUCACAAUGAGCGAUGCCCAUGAGAACAAGAUCAAUUCUCGGGCGCUAGAAAUCUUGGUUGAGGCGUUCAACAUUGUCUCUAAGAAUUCCAAGGCAAACACUGGCCGGGUAUCUGUUAACGAGCUUCUUAACGAUGAUCCACCAUCAGAAGAUGAGAAUCAUACAAGAGUGAAAGGUUCGAACUACCUCAGUCUGUCAUUUGGAUGGCUAUUUGAAAUUCCCAUUGGGUUUGUGGAACUUCUUGAGCAACGCCGACCAGCGACGCUUAUAAUUUUUGCUUAUUUCUCUGUCCUAUUCCAGAAUGCUCCCAAAUUUUGGUGGAAUGAGCCGAUUCCGGCAAAGAUUGUAAAAGCUGUUGCUGCGGUGCUUCCCCCGGAAUACCACAGGUGGAUUGAAUGGCCAAUACGUGAGGUACUGGGUGAUGACUGCUAG